AUGAAAUAUAAAUUUUUCCCGCAGCCAUAUUGUUUUACUCAUUCCAAACAGAGAUGUGAAAUUCACUGUCAGCAAUGUAACAUUCCCAUCUGCAGUGACUGUAUCGUAUCCAAGGUCCACGCUGAACACGAACUGAGUAAGAUAAACGAAGUAUAUGCUGUUAAGGAGAAAACUAUUUACAAUGAAAUAGAAUUUCUAAAAGGUGUUAUUGCUCCAGAGUUAAGAAACAUCAUCGAGCAGAUAGAAAAAGACAUUUUGGAACUGCCAAAAAACAGUAAUAGAUUGAAAUCAGAUGUCAUUAGGCAUGGCGAGGAGAUAAAGAGAACAGUGGAACGCGCGAUCAAAAAGAAACUUGAAAAUAUUGAUGCUACAGAGAAACAAGAUUUGGAAAACCUCAAGAAAAAUUUAUCGAAGUUUCAAACACUUUUGGACAACAUUCAUGAAAUCAUUAAGAAAAACAAAGAAAUAAUUGCAGGAAGGACAGACCAAAUCUUUAGGUUUGAAUCGCAGCUGGAAGCAAUGAAAGAAUUUCCUCAGAGACUAUACGUUUCAUUUGGCCAAUUCAAACCAGCAACAGCACCCUACAUGGACGAGGUCUGCAAGUUGAUGGGGAAUCUACAAGCAUCGACGUAUAAAUACAAGACAGAAAUUGACUGGGUAAGCAGACUACAUGCUUUUAGCAGGUUUCUUGCGACAUCCACGAUCAUAACCAACAUAGAUACAGAAUGCAGCCCUCUAUACCGUGUUAGCUGUGUGACAAAGGAGGCGGCUUGGAUAAGUGGAAAUGAUGAUACACUGAGAGAAAUCACAUCCUCAGGGCUAGUGCUUAGAAAAUUGACCUCGCAAGGAAGUAUUCCAUUUGGAAUGGCAACUACCAGAAAAGGGGAAAUUCUUUUCACAGAUUACAGUGAUAAAUGCGUCAAGAUGAUAAAUGAUGACAAAGUGAAGACCAUUAUUAGGUGUGUUUGGAUACCAUCGGGUAUAUGUGUAUCCCCUUCAGGAGAUAAAUUUGUUGCUUUAUGCAAUGACAGAAUUUCAAAUCUGCAAUUCACAGUCAUGCAGUAUUCCGGUGGUAUCGUUAAACAUACAUUCCAGUUUGACGAACAGAAACAGAACCUGUUUGCUACCGAGGGGCCUUACAAAUGCCUUCAGAUUGCACUAAAUAACAAUGGCGAUCUCUGUAUUGUGGAUUGGAAUGGUGCCGCAGUGAUCAUCUUAAAUCGAGGAGGGAGUCUCAAGGCAAAAUAUUGCUGCAAAACAAACCCAAAACUUCCGGAGAGCUUUGCACCACGUUAUAUUACCACGGACAGUCUUAGUCACAUUUUAGUGUCAGAUACAAACAACAACUGUAUUCACAUUUUGGAUUCUGAGGGUGUUCCUAUGACUGUGAUAAAGUGUGGUCUAGUCCGUCCUGCUGGAAUAAGCAUUGAUAGCGAUAACAACCUCUGGGUGACUGAACAGGCGGGAAAAUUGAGGAUCAUCAAAUUCUUGAAAUAG